UUUUCCCCUCAACGAUCUUCCCCAUCAAACAACAUAAACGUGACUACAACCGCAAGGCGCGUGCGCAAAGCCCAUUGCCACCUGCACACACAUAGGGCGCCCGCAUUUUUCUCGACAUCCCUACCUGGGUGCAAGACAUAGGCUCUCUCUCGCCCCAAGUUUUUUUGAUGUUAGAAAUCAGGAAAUCCUCUGAAAUUCAGAGUCCUCUUCUUUUCGAGGAAACCGGAAGUGCCGUAAAGCAUCAGCCAGACUGUCGCUAAGGGUUCUUGGCCUCACAUGGGGGCACUGUGCCCUGAGUGUCGCAAACACGCGGGCUGCCUGAGUGAGGGAGUCCGUUGGGCUCCAGUAUGGCUGCUCUGCCGGAGGAGCCAGCCGAAGCGGUGACCGUGAAGCCAGACCCUGAUGCGGGAGUCGCCCCACCGCCGCCGCCCCCUCCUCCUCCGCCCCCACCCGUUCCUCCUCAGUCUCCGGCGACAGCAGCAGUUGCUGCUCCCCCUCUCGCCCCCUCGGUGGCCGCUACCCCCACAGAAGGAGAGCCGCUGGACUCGAAGCCGCCCGUGGCCGUCAGCGCUGCACCGCCGCCUGCCUCCCAACUGCCCACCGACCGGCAGACGCUGCUGGCUGUGCUGCAGUUCCUACGGCGAAGCAACCUUCGGGAGUCGGAAGAGAUCCUCCGCCGGGAGGCGCGGCUGCUCGCCGACGAGGUCGCGGCUGAUCCUAGUCCCUCGGCGUCUGGAGCCCCAGCAGCCCAUGGCGGGGAAGGACAGGAGUCCAGCCUUGGGAUCGCCACCGCAGGAGCCGGGGAUGUGCUGCUCAGCUCCGUCACCUUUGGCCAGACCGGGGCGGCCGUUCCUCCUGCGACCGUCGCGGCACCUCCUGCAGUGCCUCUGGGUCCUCCUGGGAAAGUUGGAGUCCUUGUAGAAGAUCAGCCAGAUGUGAGUGCAGUAUUGUCUGCCUACAACCAGCAGGGAGACCCAGCACUCUAUGAAGAGUACUACAGUGGACUGAAACACUUCAUUGAAUGUGCCCUGGACUGCCAUCGAGCUGAGUUAUCACAGCUUUUUUAUCCUCUCUUUGUACAUAUGUAUUUGGAACUAGUCUACAAUGGGCAUGAAAAUGAAGCAAAGUCCUUCUUUGAAAAGUUUCAUGGGGAUCAGGAGUGUUAUUACCAAGAUGACUUGCGCAUACUAUCAAGCUUAACCAAAAAAGAACACAUGAGAGGGAAUGAAACAAUGCUGGAUUUCCGAACGAGCAAGUUUGUGCUGCGCAUAUCCCGUGACUCUUACCAGCUCUUGAAGAGACACCUUCAGGAGAAACAGAACAAUCAAAUCUGGAAUAUUGUUCAAGAGCACCUUUACAUUGAUAUCUUUGAUGGAAUGCCUCGCAGUAAACAACAGAUUGAUGCUAUGGUUGGAAGUUUAGCAGGGGAGGCAAAACGGGAGGCUAAUAAAGCAAAGGUGUUUUUUGGCUUACUAAAAGAACCAGAAAUUGAAUUGCCUUUGGAUGAUGAAGAUGAAGAGGGCGAGAAUGAAGAAGGCAAGCCAAAAAAGAAAAAGUCUAAAAAAGACAGCAUGGGGUCGAAAAGUAAAAAGCAGGAUCCAAAUGCCCCUCCUCAAAAUAGAAUUCCUCUUCCUGAGCUAAAGGACUCUGACAAGUUGGAUAAAAUAAUGAAUAUGAAGGAAGCCACUAAGCGUGUGCGUCUUGGUCCAGACUGCUUGCCUUCCAUUUGUUUUUAUACUUUCCUUAAUGCUUACCAGGGCCUCACAGCAGUGGAUGUUACAGACGACUCUAGCAUGAUUGUAGGAGGCUUUGCUGACUCUACAGUCAGAGUAUGGUCUGUGACACCCAAAAGGUUGCGCAGUGUAAAAUCAGCAGCAGAUCUCAGUGUCAUAGAUAAAGAAUCGGAUGAUGUUUUAGAAAGGAUCAUGGAUGAGAAAACAGCAAGUGAGUUGAAGAUUUUAUAUGGUCACAGUGGACCUGUCUAUGGUACCAGCUUCAGCCCCGAUAGGAACUACUUGCUGUCAGCUUCAGAGGAUGGCACUAUCAGACUGUGGAGUCUCUUAACCUUUUCUUGUCUGGUAGGGUACAAAGGACACAACUAUCCUGUAUGGGACACACAAUUCUCUCCUUAUGGAUAUUACUUUGUAUCUGGUGGUCAUGACAGAGUGGCUCGCUUAUGGGCUACAGAUCACUACCAGCCUUUGCGGAUCUUUGCCGGCCAUCUUGCAGAUGUCACAUCUACGCGUUUUCAUCCAAACUCCAACUACAUUGCUACAGGCUCGGCAGAUAGGACUGUGCGGCUGUGGGAUGUUCUGAAUGGAAACUGUGUAAGAAUCUUCACGGGACAUAAGGGACCUGUUCAUUCAUUAGCAUUUUCUCCUAAUGGAAGAUUCUUAGCAACUGGAGCAACAGAUGGAAGGGUGCUUCUGUGGGAUAUUGGUCAUGGUUUGAUGGUGGGAGAACUGAAAGGACACACAGAAACAAUCUAUGCACUCAAGUUUAGUAGAGAUGGAGAGAUCUUAGCAUCAGGUUCAAUGGACAACACAGUGAAGUUGUGGGAUGCCAUAAAAGCCUUUGAGGACUUGGAAACAGAUGAUUUUACUACUGCUACUGGACAUAUAAACCUGCCUGAAAGCUCUCAGGACUUGCUGUUGGGUACAUACAUGACCAAAUCAACCCCUGUUACACAUCUCCAUUUUACUCGCAGAAACUUACUAAUUGCUGCUGGGGCAUAUGGUCCCCAGUGAACUAUGACAUUACAAGACUUGAUUAUAGGAAUCUUGUGAAUAUCUUAGGAAAAUUUAUUUCAUCAAAGACCAAUGACUCUGCUGGAACCAUGUAAACUAAUGCGCUAAGCAACACCUUCAGCAACUGCAAUUUUAGAGACAAAAGGUUAGACCCUGUGGGCUGAGGAAAGGAAUAUUUUGAUAGGACUUACUAUAUAGAAAGCAUUACAUAGGAAUCUCCUAUCCUCGUCAAUAAAAUGGCAAUGAGUUCUGCUUAACUGCAAGACCAGUUGCAUAAAGCAAACCUUAGCAUUUGCUAUUUGAGCAAUGUUUUAAAAGCACUUAGUUUGCCAUUAGCACAGGUUUAAACAGAAUUUUCUUGGGCUGCAAAAUUUCUUCCAGUACUCCUAGAAGAAUUUAUCUUUGGGUUGUAUGGUGUCAAGCCUCCAGCUGUACUCUACUUUCCCAAAAGCUUUUCACAGGCCUCUGAGUCGUUUGGAUGGAAAACAGGAUGUUUCCUAACCUUUUGGCCCCUUUCUCCUCUCUAGUCAGGCUAUCCAGCUCUUACCUGGAGAGUCACAGGGCUCACUGGCCUACGCCAGUUGACUUUUAAACAGUGUCUCACAAGCGUUGCAUCUCUUGCCGGGGGCAGGGCUUUCCUUCAGUAUGCUUGUCAAGCCCUACGAGAGAUGGCUGUGUUCUGGGGAAACUGUCCCCUCAGUGUGGAGCCAACAUUGCUUCCCUGGCAGCCAGCUGUUGCAGUGCAUCUCACUCUUGAUGCACUGUUGUGCAUCAAGCACAACAAUGUUUAACAAUGUUUUCUUUCGAAUGCAGAGAAAGAGUCCCAAAUAGAUAAACCAAUUUCUUAAAAGCUGAAAAGUGCAAAUUGAGCCAAUGCAUUUGAACAUGCUGAAAACAGAUUUGAGUGGCAUUUUGAGUUACAGGUCUUUACAAAUGUGACUUGAAAGCUUUAUAACUUGGAAAACUUGGUCUCACUCCAGUGUUCUGGAUAUUUGCAUUUUUUCAGGCAGAGAUUAUUUUGAUACAGAGGUAUAGAUGCCCCAUCUCAUAUUCCAAUUGUCUUAAAGGUUUGUCAGGGGGAAAACAUCUGAACUCUUCCCAAAAGAGUUAAUACCUGCCACUCACGCUUUCAGUGAACCAUUGUCUCGAUUAAUUAUAUCAGCUGAAAUUCAGCAUAACUAGUAUGGAUCUAUUUAAUUUAAAACAUACUGCCAUGGUUUUGCAUUUGUACAGUUUUUUAUUUUUGAUAUUUUAUAAUAAACUCUCUCCUGUACAUGU